UUAAGAGCCGGAAUCGAUUGAGAGAUUUUAGCAAAAAACGAUCAAGAUGAAGUCAAAAAGCAGUUUUGUAAGAAAAAAAUGCAGCAGGAAGUUGCAGUUUUGACAUUUCUAACUUAAAAAGAAGAAGAUUGUGUUUAAAAAACAUCAAGAUGGUCAAAAUGUAGAACAAAGUCCGACUAGAUUGUUGACAGGAAACUGUCACACCUCACCAUGCCAUAUUAGGACCUCACUUCCUGUCCUGUGCUUUUAUUCUGGUGGCACUUCCGUUUUUUCCCGGUGUUUACCCCCCACUCCUGGACUCCUGCCCCUGAUCCUCCUUCCAGUUCUCUGCUCCCAAUCAGGACCGUCCAAGUCCACUUUGAACUUUUACACGCCGCAGGAAUAAAAGGCCCUGAGGACUGAAGGAGGACCUGAAGGGGACCGGAGUGAAAGCGGAUCUCAGCGCUGACUUGGUCCUGUCCAAGUUGUCCAAGGUUUAUUUUGGUCUCAGUUCUGCCUUCUCGGCUUUCUUUGCACAUCCUUGUCCCUCCUCCUCGCUUGUUUUGUGUACCUCGGUCCACCUUGGUCCCGCUUCCUGUCCUCGGUCUACCAUGGGGAAGACCUCUUCGUCCAAAACCUUCAUGGACUGUCUUUGUCUUUGCUUGUCCUGCGGCGGCGGCGGCGCGGAGGAGGCGACGGCUGAGGCGGGGGACACGAAGAGCGGACACCCGCCCUAUGGCCCUGGGGACGUCCUGCAGGAGCGAUACCAGGUGGUGGACACGUUGGGGGAGGGCACCUUUGGCCAGGUGCUGCGCUGCUGGGACUCGGCCAGAGGAGGACGUGGUGUGGCUCUGAAGAUCUUGAAGAAGGUGGACAAGUACGGAGAAGACGACGCCAGGCUGGAGAUCCUCGUCUUGGAGAAGCUGAGCAGGAAAGAUCCUGCCAGCAAAAUUCCCUGCGUGCAGAUGCUGGACUGGUUCUACCACCGUGGCCACGUCUGCAUCUCCUUCCAGCUGCUGGCCCUCAGCACUUUCCACUUCCAGAAAGAAAACAACUUCCUGCCGUAUUGUCUCCAACACCUCCGACACAUGGCCCAGCAGAUCUGCCACGCCGUCAGCUUUCUCCACCACAACAAGCUGACUCACACCGACCUCAAGCCAGAGAACAUCCUUUUUGUCCACGGAGACUACUUCCUCACCUACAACACCCACAAGAAGUGUUCUGAAAAGCGACUCCGCGACACGUCGGUCCGCGUGGUGGACUUCGGCAGCGCCACCUUCGAGCACGAGCAUCACUCCACCGUCGUCUCCACGCGUCACUACCGGGCCCCAGAGGUGAUCCUGGAGCUGGGCUGGAGUCACCCCUGCGACGUGUGGAGCAUUGGCUGCAUUCUGUUCGAGUACUACCAGGGAUCCACGCUCUACCAGACUCACGACAAUGAGGAACAUCUCGCCAUGAUGGAGCACAUUCAUGGACCCAUCCCUCAAAGGAUGAUACAGACAAGCAGCAGAAAGCAGGUCUACUUCCAACAUGGCCGCCUGAAGCAGAAGGAUAUCUCCAAGUCUGGUCGUCACGUGAGCGCCAAGUGCAGACCUCUACGGGAGUGCAUCCAGUCCCAGUCCGAGGAACACCAGCAGUUCUUGGACCUGCUGGAGAAGAUGCUGGAGUACGAGCCUUCCCAGCGCAUCUCGCUCUCACGCGCCCUCCGCCAUCCUUUCUUGGCACCGCCUGGGUCGGCGGUGGGGAGCCAAAGUCCGGACUUCAGGUAGACUGCGGCACCUGGAGGCCGCUGCUGCCUCCUGAUUGGUCCGCUGUCAAGGUGACCUCAUCGGCCGGCGCACGACGCUGUAGUUUGAGGUAGUUAGCGCCAUCCUGUCUGCGCCGUUCGCCGACUGGGGGAGCUGAACGGGUCUGGAGGACCAACACUGGGGGCCCCCUAGAAUGGAGGUGUCCAGGGGCGACUCCUGGUGUGAUGAGUUCAUCCAGAAUCUAUUCUCCAUUCAGAGCCAUUCUGACAAUUGGUAUGAUGAUAUUUGCCACUAUUUAGACGAUUAAAAUGAUGAUAUUUGCCCCUAUUUAGACACCUAAAAUGAUUAUAUUUGCCAUUAUUUAGACACACAUAAUGAUUAUAUUUGCCACUAUUUAAACACCUAAAAUGAAUAUAUUUGCCACUAUUUAGACACCUAAAAUGAUUAUAUUUGCCACUAUUUAGACAAUUAAAAUGAUUAUAUUUGC